AUGGUUAGAUCAAAGAAAAAAUCAUCGUCUAAUAAAUCAUUAAAGAACAUGCAUCCAUCGCAGUUCAAUAAUCCCAGAAAAAAUGUUAAUAAUUUUGGUGGAUGUAUAGCAGACAUGAACAUGCAAAACCAUAAUAUGAUGACAAAUGAUAUGACACAAAAUACAGCAAAUGUGAAUAAACAAGACCAUAAUACUAUACCAAAUUUUGUAACACAGAGUAAAGUGAAUUUGAAUAACCAAAAUCUUCACAUGAUGCUAAAUUCUGUUUCACAGAAUACARGAGACGCGAAUAAACAAGACCAUAAUAUGAUUCCAAAUAUUAUAGCACAGAGUUUAGCAAAUUUGAAUAGACAAAACCUUAGUAUAAUGCUAAAUGCUAAGACACAGAAUACAUCUAACAUGAAUAAACAAGACCAUAACAUAACAUCAAAUCCUGUAACACUGAGUUUAGCAAAUUUGAAUGGGCAAAGCCAUAAUAUGUUACCAAAUGUUGUAACACAAUUGCCACAAUGGCAUUCUCAAAUAACAAUGAGCGACAUAUUGAAUAACUAUGUUGAUGGUCCAAAUUCAGGUAACAGUUUGUUCACUUCUGGCCGUGAUUUGUCUGUACAAUCCAAUUUUCAACCGAUAUUCGACUGCAAUCAAAUAAAUAACAAUAAUGGUAUACAUCCUCUUAUGGAUCAAUCUAACUUGUCUCUCAUCAAUGGAAAUGAUUUAUCUGACAAUGGACCAAAAUAUAGUGUUGCUAGCCACACUGUGCCCGUAGGGAGACCUUAUGGUAAACAUUCACUGUUCAAAAAAUAUGAUCAUUACUUUAGUUUCAAAGUGAUGAAAACUUCAAAUUCAGAGACAAGUGAAUUCAAAAUGAGGAAUAAAGAUUUUCCAGCAUUACCUGGUACUCAAAUGCAAAUGCAUGAUGUUGCUAAAACUCCAUCUACUAUGAUAGAUUCAAACCAACAGUGGAGUAAUACAAAAAAUGGAUCUAAAUUGUUAAAUAAGUUUAACAUGAAUCGAUUAAUAAAUCAUAAUUCAAAUGAAAGCCAUUUAGAUACAGAUUUUCAUUUGAACGGUAAUGCGGUACCAAAACCUGGUGUUCAAACGUCACUUGAUGAUGGUAAAGUUACUAACAUACCUGGUAGUAUGCUACGUGAUCAAUUUGGAAUUAUUGGUCAACUGGUUACGAUGAGAACUGCUGAACAUAAUCCUAAAUUGGUAACAUUAACUUUUGGACAAGAUUUGACAAGCCUUGGUAUGAACUUAAAUUCCCCUGAAAACAUUUACCCAACAUUCGCAGGUCCAUUUGAAAAUACUCCGCUAGAACCGCAUAACAUUGAAUAUGAUGUACCAUCUGAAUAUAAGAUUCAUCACAAAAUCAAAAAUAAGUUAGCUCCAAUCAAGUUGUCCGAAUAUAAGGAUGAUUUAUUGUUUUAUCUUUUUUUUACUCAUAUUGGUGAUAGAAUACAGAUGGCUGUUGCUAGUGAAUUGCAUACACGAGGUUGGCGUUACCAUACAGGACAACGAAUAUGGAUCACUCCUGUGUCUGGAUUAAGUAGUUCAAAAAUAGAUGGUAAAUUUCAACGUGGCACAUUUUAUGUAUUUGAUAAGCUGUUGUGGCGCAAAGUACCAAAAGAACUAAUGCUUGACCACACUAUGUUGGAUGGAUGUGUUUCAAAUGGUUCUUUCAUACCCCCUAAUACAUCAACAAGAUAA